UUGCAGAUGUUGACGGAAGGAAACUGGCGAUGGGAUGUUGUACAUGCAUGCACCAACGUGCUUUGUUUAACAUUUGUGGUCGCAUUUAUCGUCGCCCAACUUUUAUCACUGUUUCGAAAAGCUAAAAUCCAAAAACAAAGUAUGGCUACAACGCACCAGAAACGGAAAUUCAUUCCACUAGCACGAAUGACUGACAAACAGGUUGUCAAGAAGGCACUAUACCAUCGCUUGUGUCUGCAUGACGAUGAAGCUUUGCUGAGGUCUCAGCUGUUCUACGAGAAUAUGAAGAUGCGGCGAUGUAUUGAAGAAUUUAGUCCUCGACCAGUACCUUCGAAACUGAUUCAAAAUAUUAUCAAAUCAGCAGGUACCGCACCGAGUGCAGGAAAUUCGCAGCCAUGGAUGUUUUGUAUAGUCAGUAGCUAUAAACUGAAAGCUGCAAUAAGAAAGAUUGUUGAGGAAGAAGAACAAAACACUUAUAGCAAAAAAAUGGGAGCUGAUUGGGUGCUGGAUAUAGCAGAACUGAAAGUUAUAUGGUCCAAACCAUAUCUAACUGAAGCUCCUCAUCUCAUUGUGGUUAUGAAACAAGCUCAUUUGAUCAAUGGUUCAAAUGAGUUAACUUCAGCAUAUUACAAUCAAAUAAGUAUCGGUAUAACAGUUGGCAUUUUAAUCGCAGCACUUCAGGACGCAGGGCUAGCUACUUCAGUCACGUAUCCACUAUACGGUGGUGAAAAAAUUCGAAAACAUCUAAAAAGGCCAUCGGACGAGGAAGUUUUUCUUCUUUUACCGGUUGGAUUUCCAGCCAAAAACGCUACCGUACCUGAUUUCAAACGUAAAUCUGUUGAAGAAAUAAUUCGAUGUUAUGCAUGACAGUCUUAUUUUCCUGUAACAAUCUAGUCAUUUUUAAACGCC